AUGGCGGAGGAGAAGAAGAGGCACAAGCACAAACACAAGGAGAAGGAGAAGCAGUCGGGCGGCACGGAGCAGGCGGCGCACUUCAAGCCGUGCGCCGACGUGAAGGGCAUCCGUUUCGGGGGCCAGUUCAUCGUGAAGUCGUUCACGGUGCGGCGGGCGUCGCCCCUGGAGCUGCUGCGGCUGCUGGACAUCCCGCCGUCUUACCUGAGCGAGUGCCAGAGCCUGCCGUUCCCGUCCACCACCACCUACAUGCCCACCAGCUUCACCAUCCUGGCGCACCAGGCGUGGCACACGCUGACGCUGGGCCUGGGCACCAAGAAGUCCAAGGUGGUGCUCUUCGUGUUCGAGUCCGAGAGCAUGAAGGCGGCCGUGGACCAGCUGUGGCCCGCCAUGAUCCCGCUCGGGGACGUGAACAAGAAGCUCAUCCGUGGGCUCACGGGCAGCGAGAUGGCGCGGUUCAAGUUCCGGAAGGGCUGCCUCACCAUCUACGUCUACGCCGUGCGGCGGCUCGGCGCGGCCGGGUUCAUGCGCACCGAUGACCUCAGGCGGAUACUGCAGUCGGUCGUGGAGCUCAAGGACUUCCUGGACCACACCGCCAUGCUCGCCAUCCCGAGCCAGAAGAGCAUCACUCUGCAGUCGCGGACAGCGGUGGCUCACUGA